GUGUUGUUUUCGCCGGCGCUUUUUUCUUUUCUUCUUUACGAAUCGGAUCCCGCCGAUCAGCCGUUUCUCUUUUUCUUCUUUCCGAAUUGGAUCCCGCCGAUCCGGAUCCGCCGCUCAACGACAUGGUCAUAGCGUUAGGUCCGGGCAGAUUCUACGGCAAGAGCCUCCCCAGGCCGCGGAUCUACGAGGACGUGAAGUUCAACGACCACAGAGUCGACCCGCCGGUCCCCGUCUCCGAUCCCCUGAUGUCCUGGGCCGAGGAGGCCCACUGGUCCAUGGGCGGCCUGAGCCUCACGCGCCACCGCCUCCAGGGCAAGAUCGAAGGCAAUUUGAACAAGAUACGGGCGGAGGAAGAGAGGCAGGACAGGAAAAUCCUCAAGAAAUCCUCCUCCCCUGUCUUCAGCACCCCUUCACCUCCGCCUGCUCCCAUUGCCACCAAGCGAAAGCGCCGGUUCAUUGACGAGGCAGAAGAUGGAAGCUUCCCGGCCAGGAAAUUAGGGGAUGACUUUGACCGGGUAGCCCAGGAAGUCGAGGCAAAAGAGAAAGUGGGUGUGCAGACCAGAGGCCGAAAGGCCGAGAAAGUGGCGGUGGAGGCGGUGGUUGUGGCCAAGGAGAAGCCUCAGGGAUUUAAGAGGCUGAAGAAAGGAAUCAAAUCGGCUAAGGAAACAGGACCGGCUUCCCCAAGCCAGAAGAGAUCUUCUCCGAGAUUGUCUAAACGGGAGUUGCCUUGAAAGUGUUUGAUGAUUUGUCGAGGUGAACUUAGGUUAAUGUAGGUACUAUAUAUGAUUGUGAGUUCAUAAUCCCUUCUCUUGUGCAGUUGAAAUUGCCAAUGGAAUUGAAUUGGACUCUCUGUUUUGUUUGAAUGUGGUAAUUAUUGCUAUGGAGUUUAAACACUUUGGUUCCAAUUGUGUUUACCAUUAUCAAAUGUGAUUUUGGUGGGUAUUGAAGUUUGUUUGUGUAUGUCUUGUGAUAUUGUGAUAUUUUUUACUUGUUGAUUUUGUGGACUUUAUGAGCUUGGA